GACUGGGUAUGGCCGGUGUUGUGUGUGUGUGAUGCGGAUCCGGAGCAGUUGAGUCUCUGUCCUGGAAACAUCAGCGGCUCUUCACCGGCUCUUCACCGGGAUCAUCCGCGGCUCUUCACCGGGAACAUUCGCGGCUCUGAGCCGGGACCUUCCCCGGCUCUAACCCGUGUUUAUCCCGCUGUUGGCUCAUCGUCAGCGGCUGUACGGGCUGGAGUUGACCGGGGGACCGCGCUCUGUCCCUGGGUUAACAGCAGACUCGAGUCCGCUGCCGUGACACCGGUUCCAGAAGCGAAGUGGUUCCGCUGCUCUCCGGAGGAUCUGGUUUCACUCCCGUGUCGGUGGUUUGUUAUUUUUACUUUGGGGCGAAUCAAAGCGUGAACUCAGUGAAUCCCCGCGGACACUUGUUGAGGAGCUAACCGCCACUUCAGCUAACGAGGCUAGCAACUUCCUCCGGCAGCUCCAGCGCAGUCACCCGACACACGGUGCGCCGGCUCCGGCCGGGUGUUCGAUGCUGACCGAGGGUCGGCACUGUGGUAAAGUGAGUUUGUCCGUGUUGGUGAAGUGACAGCAGCUAAGCUAACCGAGCUAGCUGCAUCUCUCCGCUAUGUUAGCAUCGACAGCUAACGCUCCGUGAGCGCUGGAUCAAACAAGUGGUUCUGAGUCUGUGCAGUUUUACUGGGUCUCAAACUUCUUGUAACGUCACGUUACUUUGUUAGAAACACGUUCGAGUCCGAGCUGCCCCGGAGCCGUGAGCUUCGCUGCUCUCGGGGCGUAACAACAACUUUUCCUGACGUUAGCUUAGCUUAGCUGCAUUAGCCUCUGCGAGACGAGAUUUGAACCUGUGAUGGAUUCACUGACACUUUGUCAACUAUAGACUCUGCCCGUCCUCCAUCUUCCCUCCACACCACACUGAAGUGUCACUUCGGCCCGAACCAUGUCCGGCUCCCCGGGCACAGGAGGCUCCAACCCCAGGAAGUUCAGCGAGAAGAUCGCUCUGCACAACCAGAAGCAAGCAGAGGAGACCCGGGCCUUCGAUCAGCUGAUGACCGACCUGACAGUGUCCAGGGUGCAGUUUCAGAAAAUCCAGCAGCUACGUUUGUGCCAGCCACGGGUUCAGUACUACGGAGGUUCUCUGCCCAACGUCAAUCAGAUCGGAAACAGCAGCAAUGAGUUUCAGGGGGGUUUCCCUUCAGGAUUGGACUCCACCCGAGGGACCCGCCACCAUGGGCUGGUCGAGAGGGUUCACAGGGGCCCCAACCGAAUCAACUCUCCCCACCGCCGACCCGUCGACAAGCAUGGACGGCUGAUGGAGAGUUCUCCAUAUGGCGCCGUGUACCUGUCGCCACCUCCGGACAACAACUGGAGAAGGGAACAGCAGCCAUGGACUGAGGAAAAACGGCCUGGGUUUAGAUUAAUAUCACAACUCAACAGAACCAAUUCAGACUCGGCUCUCCACACAAGCGCCAUGAACCAGAACCCUCAGGACCCCUUCGGCAUUCAUCAGCAGAUGGGUCGAGGUCCCCACCACCGAAAUGGCUGGUGUUCAGCGGGUGUAAAUGAGGCCGAGGUGGACGGCUCUGGAGAUAUCUUCUCCUUCCCCGCCCUGCAUAACGAGGACAAUCUCAUUGGCGUCAAUAAGCCUCUUCCCAAGCAGCUGUGGGAGGCCAAGAAGGUCCAGUCUCUGAACUCAAGACCUAAAUCCUGUGAAGUGCCUGGAAUCAACAUUUUCCCGUCUCCGGAGCAGAACCCGGGUCUGUCCCACUACCAGGGCUCGUUGAACACCGGCGGCUCGCUGCCCGACCUCAGCAACCUGCACUUCCCCUCCCCCCUCUCCACGCCGCUGGACCCUGAGGACAACGCCGGCUAUCCGCACCUCAGCGGCGGCAGCAGCACCGGAAACCUUCCCGCCGCCAUGAUGCAUUUAGGCAUCGGGAACUCCCAGGGACUGUCCUCCUCUCUGAGCAAUCCCUCGAUUCAAGCGUCCCUCAACAACUGCCAGCUUCAGUCCUCGCUCAGUAACCCCUCCAUCAACGCCUCUCUGCGUCUCUCUGGCAACUCCCCCCGGCGGCGGCCCGCUCCCAUCAGCCCCCUCACCUUGUCUCCAUGCACCGAUCAGCGCAGGGGUCUGUCCAAGCAGCUGUCCCCCACCAUGUCCCCUUCACUGUCCCCCAUCACACAGGGAGUUGCUCUGGAUACCAGCAACAUGCCGAGGGAGCCGCCCCCCCCCUACCCGCUCUACCAGCCCCCGCAGCACGGGGACCAGGGCCGGCAGCGGCAGCAGCAGGGUUCUCCUCAUCAGGGCCUCCCGCUGGACUUCAACACGGGACAUCAAAACAACAUGUCAUCGUUCUUCAACGACCCGUUCAUGGAGCCGCAGUUCAACCGCCACAACAAGACCUUCCCCUAUCAGUUGGACCAGUUCAGUCUGCUGGAAAACGCCAUGAGCUCCACAGCAGGAGGGCCGUGCUUCGACCCCCCCCCCUCCUCGCUCUACUACUCGCAGGCCGCCCUCUCCGGACUGGGCGGCAGCCACGGCAGCCUGCACGAGCCCAUGAGGUCCAACCUGCUGUACUCCACCUGCAGCGGGGGGCUGCCCAACAUCAUCCUGACCGAUGAUUCCAACCCCACUCUGUCCAAGGACAUCAGCAGCGCUCUGUCCAUGCUGCCUGACUGCUUCGACCCGGACGGAGGCUUCCCAUUGGAGGACGAGCUGCGCAUCGAGCCGCUCAGCCUGGACGGUCUGAGCAUGCUCAGUGACCCUGACAUGGUGCUACCGGACCCGUCUGUGGAGGACAGCUUCCGCAGUGACAGACUCUGAGUGGCUCCUCGGUUACACACACACACUCACACACACACACACACACACACACACACACACACAGGAGUUACAGGUCUGUUAUGCAUGAUUCGGCCACAUCCAUCCACUGCCACUCAGAUUCAUUCAAUGUGAAAGACGUGAACGUUCCUGCUUCGUGUGAAGUUCCCCUCGCUCGCUGAGUCGGGCCUCCUCCUCCAAUCAGAGCGGCUCUGACGAGCGGGGGAGGAGCUGUAAGUUCCUCUGCAGCAUAGCAACCCCAUCGCCGUGCUGAAGAGCGAUGGCGGUGAAACAUCUGGCAGCUCACCUUCUUCUUCAGGUGAAAUCACAUCCAGACGUGUUAUGGUAGAAAUGAAGACAUCAUGUUUUCCUUGAAAUGUUAGCCAUCUAUAAAUAGAUAUAAAUACUUCUAUACAUACAAAUAUAUAUAUUUAUAUAUAAAUCUAACAAUUCAGUCUAAUCAGAACGUUUAAAAAAAAGGGCAAACAAAGAAGAGAUAUAAAUAAGUAAACAAAGAUUAUUUUAAAUUUCUAAUUAGAACAAUUUUAAGAUGCAUUAAAUAGAGUCUAUAUUUUUGUGUGGAAGUCGCAGACUCUUUAAAAUCCACUUUGAGAAAGGAACUUUUUUCUUUUGUUUAUAAAAUGUACAUUCAUAUGUUUUAUUUGAUAUUUUGUACUGCUGAUUUUAAAUCUUGUGAAUAAGAGCCGGCGCUUCUGUGGAUCCAUCGUCACACUUCUUUCCUCGUGCCACACGUGACUCGUUCAGAGAGCACACUGCCCCCAUGUGGACAUCGGACAACAUGUAACAUUGCACUUAACAUCUUUUGCACUAAUUGGUUCACGUUGUGUUGACUAAUAUUUUAUACACCAGGUAAAAGUGUUGUUUACCUGAAAACCCAAAGAAGUGGAAUGAAGCCGUGAAAAGAAAAAGUGAAUGUGUCCGGAUGUGUUCGGCUCGUGAACAGGUCGCCAGCAGCAGCUGUCACAUUCUGAGCUCAGGUUCAGGUGAUUAGCUGUCACCUGGGCAGUGAGCGCCCCCUAGUGCCGGCUUGAUGCAGUCAGAGCGAAUCGGAUCUGAGGAAACGGAUGUGGAGCGACGUGUAACUAUGCAACUUGUUUUUUAAUAAGAAGUGAAACCUGUUGAGCGGGUCGGACAUUAUGCAGUGACGCGACUUUCAGGAUCAAAUUUAUUAUCAAUCACAAUAUUGCAUGUGUCCAGUGUCCACAGGAGCUGCUCUGCCACCAGCAGGUGAAGGAGAGUUACUGCAGCACUGUCUGUUGGAGUGGUUUUACUUUGUAUUGUCAGUAGGUGGCGCUGUGUGACUGUGUGGACGGCUUCUCUCUCUGUGGUGAAAUGAGAACAGGCCAUUUUUCCUUUUGUAUAUUUUCUCUUGAGUUUGAGCUGUUGAAACAUUUGAAUCUGUUGUGAUGGUUUCAUGUGUUUAUGAUCUUUGUGUUUCCUGCAGUCUAACGCCCUCUGCUGCCUUAUUUUGUUGCGUAUCCACUUUUCAUAUUCCAGCAGUAACGACUAUAAUCACUUUAGCUUUAGCUCUGUUUGGUACUAACUUCCUGCCCACAGCUGUUUCCUGUCUGUUUUAGUUGCAUAUUAAAAUGUACAGUUCUGUUAUUUAAAGAAUGUUUUGUCCACUUGUGUUACUACUUAUUUUCCUUUAUAAUGUAAGUUUCUCUCUCCAAUUCAACCAUUUUUCUCAGUUUGUAUGUUGUAGUGAUUUUCUUCAAUAGAAUAAAACUCUUCAAUGUG